AUGUCGAAGCUUUGGAGAACUGUGGAGCAUUUGAAUGAAUCAAUUCCACAUGACAUUGCAGCAAUCGGAGUCAAAGGACCUAAUGCUCCUCUUCCAAUGGUAAUCAAACUCCAAGUCAACAACUUCUCUGUUCUCAGAGUCGUCGUCAAUGAGGGAAGUUCCAUCAACAUUCUCUACUUGUCAGCAUUUUUGAAAAUGGGAUUAUCAGAGUCAAUGUUGAAACCAUUUAAAACCUUUCUCAAAGGUACUAUUGGAGAAACUGUAUCUGUCAAAGGAUAUAUUGAUUUGGACACAACAUUUGGUAAAGGAGGGAACACCAAGAUAAUCAAGGUAAGGUACUUGGUUGUUGAUUCACCAUCUGUUUAUAAUGUUGUUAUUGGCUUGCCUGCUGCUGCUGAUUUGGGAGCCGUCAUCUCAACGUUACACCUCGCCAUGAAAUAUCCUGUCGGAGAUGAUAUGGUCGGAGUUGUCAAGGCCGAUCUCGAGAUGGCCAAAAAGUGUUACGAUAUGUGUCCUAAUGCUAUUUAG